UGAUGAAUUUGAGGAAAGUGCAGGAGGGCAGCGCUAGUGAGAGACAGCAGGGGGAGGGGAUGAACAUGUGCAAUAGAGAGUCCAAGUUGAGCAGCAUGAAGAGGAGACACAAUCCUGAGAAGCUGUAGGAAAGUUCCCCUGGAGCUAUGGCAGUUAGAGGAGCUGCAGAAGAAGGGGGGAGUGAAGAACCAAUGAGAGAGGCGCAUGUGAGGCCCAAACAGAAGGCUGGUUACAGACAGGAGGGGGAGGGUCUCUGUGGAACGUUAGUGCUGGGAGGUAACGGGUCUCCGUGUGUCUCUUCCUCUGUGUGCGCCGCUGGCUGGAGCAGCUGCAGGAAGUGAGAGUGAGCGGUGCUGUGUUGGCAGAAAAGGAGCCACGACAUUCCCGUAUAGAAGGAUGAGAGCAAGUGAGCGCAAUCUGCAGCUGAAGAGCUAAGCGUUAGUAACGACGUGUCCCUCUCCUGCUGCUGUUGCUGCCAUGUUCCCUCGCCCGCUCUACCAGCUGCCCGACAACUACCAGACCGGGGCUGCCCCCCUCCCCAGUGGGGGAUCCGUAGCGCUGCGCAGAAUUGCGUCUCACCCGCUCUCCCGCGCCGUCCGUGGCCACAGCACGCUGCUGACUUCCAUGCUGAUGUUUGGGCUGAUCGUGGCAUCCAGCGGCUUGUUGCUGAUGAUAGAGCGGGGCAUUCUGGCCGAGGUCAAGACGCCUCCCCCCCGCGGGGACUUGGUAUGGCGCACGCAGAGCAGAGUGACUGGGGAGACCGCGGAGCUGGAGCGUCACAUCUUGCAGGACAUUCGGAACCGCACGCUCAGCACCAUCUGUGCCCAGAAAAACAUGCCCCACAGCGUGUGGCAACUGGCGGCCAAUCAGCGGCGGACUCUACUCAAGCACAUCCUCGUCAAUGACAAGUACCGCUUCCUGUACUGCUACGUGCCCAAGGUGGCCUGUUCCAACUGGAAGCGGCUGCUCAAGGUGCUGGACGGCUCCCUGCAGAGCACUGAUGUCAAGCUGAAGAUGGAUCACAAGAGUGACCUGGUGUUCCUGGCAGAUCUGAGCGCGGAGGAGGUUCGCUACCGGCUGCAGCAUUACUUCAAGUUCAUGUUUGUCCGGGAGCCCAUGGAGAGGCUGCUGUCCGCUUACCGGAACAAGUUCGGAGAGAUCAAGGAGUACCAGCGGCGCUACGGAGUGGAAAUAGUCCGGCGCUACCGGAAACAGGCGGGCAGCUCCGCGGGGGACGAUGUCACUUUCCCAGAGUUCCUCCACUACCUGCUGGACGAGGACCCCGAGAAGAUGAACGAGCACUGGAUGCCCAUCUAUAACCUGUGCCAACCGUGCGCCCUCACCUAUGACUUCAUCGGCUCCUACGAGCGGCUCAGGGAGGACGCCAGUCACGUGCUGCACACGGUCAGGGCCCCUCCAUUCAUCCAGUUCCCAGAGAGACAAACUUGGUACAAGCCAGUCACUAAACAGAGUCAGGAUUACUUUCUGUGCAACACCCCCAAGGGCCUCAUCCGGGAUCUGCUGCCCAAGUAUAUCAUGGAUUUCUCCCUCUUCGCUUAUCCCCUUCCCAAUAUCACCAAAAUCUUCAAAUGAGACCAGCAAAGUGGCACAUGCAUAGUUGGAGCAAAUUUCUGUUUCGCGACAACUGUGCAUGUGCCGAAACUCUAUUCUGAAGAUUACCGAGUGGCUGAAGAUGGCUCCCCUUGAACGCCGCUGGACAGAAUCUGCACGGAGGGGUAAGUAAAUACUUAGGGGCAUUUGCCCAGGGGGGAGGGGCAGCUUGGCAGGAGGGAGGGGAGUCAAAGUGUGGUAGAGGGGUCGUUUUUUUUUAUUAAGGGUUUGUUUCUCCUUUAAGUGACAAUAGAGUGCAAGUUGUUUUUACAUGAAGAAGUUGUAAUGAAAUUUCUGCAUUAAUAUUUAAAGGGAUCCUGAUAGAAGAAAGAUUUUAUUCAGUGAUGAGUGGGACAGGGUAGCAUUUUUAGCUGUACACACUAGCUUCCAUGUGCUGGAAUUGCAUUAUAUAUAUACUGUUUCUUUUAUCCACUUGGAGAACUUUCCAAUCCAUGGGACCAAAGCUUUACUGAAAGGCACAAACUUGAAAUGUUACUAUUAUUAUUAUAUAUUUUAUACCAAAUCAUUGUCCUAUUUUUGUACUAUAUUGUAUUUUCCUUAUGCAACUUCCAGUUUCUCCUGGACUUGCAGGUCGGUUUUUAAUUGAUAUGUACUAAAGCAGACGGCACCUUCAUCCCCUGUUUGAACUGCAAAAAUGUUGAAAAGAUGAGGAAAAAUCCAGUUCAGCAAGAUGUGACUUUUCCUUCUUGCUAUAUCUGAUGGACUAAAAGCUUGCAUUCUGUAUAUUUGUAGCAUUUUGUGGGCAUUUAUUCUGUGUCAUCGCAGAUGUUCCAGGCAGGUCUCCUCUUGUGUUAGUUUAGCACGGAGGUUCCUUAAGCGUCCUGUGUGUAACUCCUUCACUGCCUGGGGCCUCUGCAAUUCUUCAGCUGCAGUUGCACUUACUCAGCAAGAAAAAUUGUGAUUUGUCCACAAAGCAGAAUUAAUUGUUUUCAUUAAAGGGGUUGUUCACCUUUAAA